CCAGCUUAAUAAGCUCGUUCCUGACACAGGGAACGGGGGAGAAUAAUUAUGAGCUUGCGCACAACGCAGGUGAAGAGAGAAAUAAAGCAGAGACCCGGCUUGUAGAGCCGAAUGCAGGUGCGGUCGGACUCGGCCCGAUCAAGGGAGCGCCGUUCGCGCAGAGGGACCAUCUAGCUCGUUUUCGAAUAUUCCCCUCGUCCUCGACUGGAGAAGGGGCUCGUCUUCGCUCGAAAAAAGUUCGCGGUGGGUGCCUUUUUUCCCUGGGUGCAUAUCGAAAUACUGGUGGAUAUCGUAGCGAUCGCUGGCUCGCCCGGAUGCUGAGGCAUGCGCCCUGCAACUCCUCGGAUUGAUGUAUCGCAGAGCGCAGACCUGGAUUUAUCUCCUAUUAUGUUCGGCUGUGACGAGUGUCUCUUUCACGUCGCAAGAGGAUGUCACCACGGAAGGGCUUCAGUGUUUGCUGGAAUGCAUAUGUCUCUCCCCCACGCAGGUCCUCUGCAACACAGGAGGCUUGCAAGACAUCCCCACGAGGCAGCUUCCUACGACAGUGGAGGAGCUGUCCUUGACGAAGAAUAACUUCUCCGUGAUAAGGAUGGAGGCAUUCAACGGCCUGAAGGCGCUAAGGAAGCUGAACCUGGACGGGAACACGAUUUCGCUGAUAAAGCCCUUCGCCUUCCGGGGUCUUAACAAGCUGACCGAGCUCUCUAUCCAGCACACGUCCCUUCCGUUCAUAGGGCAAUUCUCUUUUGCGGCCCUGCAGAACGUGACCGUGCUGCUGCUGGCCAACAACAAGAUCGGCUACAUAGAGGAGAACUCCUUUGCCGGGACCUCGAACAUCAAGCUGAUCCUCUUGAGCAACAAUCCGUUAAUAACGAUCCGCGGUAACGCGUUCUCGGGGCUGAGCAACGUGGAGCACCUGAUCUUGCCCUCGGGGAUCCGAAUCGUGGAAGCGGACUCGUUCCACGGGCUCCAGAACGUAGGGAUGCUGAAGAUGACCUACAUGGACCUGGACAGCCUGAGGCCGAACACGUUCAACGGGCUCAGCCACGUCCACGAGCUGAACGUCCAGGACAGCGACCUCGCCGUUGUCCGCAAGGACGCCUUCAACGGGCUCAGCCACGUGGACAACAUCAACAUCAUGAACAACAAGAUAGACGCCAUCGAGCAGCUGCACAUCUACUCGAACAGCGCCAUUGGGAUGUUCAGGUUCCACGGGAACCACGUAUUGGAGGCCCCUCGACCCGGCGAUGCGGUCCUGGAGGUCGGCACCAUCAGCGCCGUCGAGAACUACUUCCCCUGCGACUGCCAGAUCCACGACGUCCUCGAGAGCGACUUCGCCAACAGCUCGGUGGUUGAAUUCCAGCAGCGGAAUUUCUGCAUCUCGCCGCUGGAGUACAACGGCAAGCCGAUGAACACGGUCGACUUCGACGUCAUAGCCCGCUGCCACGAGAAGGUCGUGCACGAUAAUCUGGGCUCCAGGUCGAGCACCUUAGCGGGCAGCCAGCUUGUUCUUGCGAUCCUUUUGCUCCCCCUCGUCUAACUUUUUCUAUGGAAUCUAAAGCACGUCUGUAUCUAGCACGCCGCGAGGGGCAGCUUCCGUGAUAGUAUCUCGAGCAAGAAGGUCCUCUUCGUCGAGGUCGGCUUUCUGGAAUCCACACCUCCUGGUGUGCAUGCCUCCGCGGUGUUGAGCUUGCGCUGCGACCCCCAACUCUGUCGGUGUUCGUUAUGUGGAUAUUAGGGGUGCGAUGAGUUGAGUACUUCGACUCGAGUCAUAAAGAAUUACGAAUUCCUUUGGAUGGAUUUUCUUCUUUGUUCUUCCUAAACGAUUACAAUGGUGAGAGACGUUCAAAGGAAUUCUGCUCGGUGGAAGUUUCAAGUCCCAUCGGCUGAGCUGACGCGCAUAUCCUUAAAUGCAAUCGAGGACAAUGACCAAUAGAAAUGACAUUAACUAUACCUUGUAUCGGUCCUAAACAUUAAUUAUUCAUUCCAAGAUCAUUUGACGUGAAACUCCUGUAGUGAUCGAGCACACCGGGGAACUGCUAAGUUUCUCACUCGGUCUCUAAAGCGGUUCUCCCACAUCGCCUUAACUGUACGUGCGCGAAACGAACAUCGGGAUGCAGGAAUAAUUAAGGAAUUUCUGCAUCUUCUCAUCCUCUGCUAAAGAAUUCGUGCAAUCCUCGUAUCGACGUCUGCUUCGUUAGUACAGCGUGGCAUUCCCUCGUUUUUACCGACAGCUAGCUUAACCGGAGAAGUACUCUGUGCUUUGAUCGAAGAUAGACCUCUGCCAACACGGUUGAGGUUAUGACUUUCUGUUAACAAUAACCACAAUAAAAUGAUUCACCACUUCGA